CAUGUUCUUCAGAGUCAGGAUGACAGACUGGCAGAAGAGCGAGUCGGGAACAAAGUCUGUGACUAAAAACGAUGGUUUAACUCUGCUUUGCGGAGUAUGACCGAGAGAUUUUAAAGCCACGGAACACGUUUAGGACCGCGGGGGGUUUCCGUUUUUUUAUUUUUUAUAUAUUUGAAACAAACUGUGGUUCGGAUUUACAGCGAGAUCGGUAUGUCCUAAUGUUAACAGCGCGAUAUAUUUGGUUUUUCAAAUGGCGUAGGGACCUUUUUUUUAAGGCAGAUAUUUUUACAUAUUUGGGGUCAAUGGGGGCCCUCCGAUCGAAUCUAUAACCACAUCUAGUCUGUUUAAAAAAACUGCAUUUAAACGGAAUAAAUACACUGAAUAAAUGUGAUAUAGAAUAACACAUUUCAACAUUAUUUCCUGAACGGUGAGUUGCGAUACCAACGGAAUUUAGUAGCUAUUUUUUUUAUUUUUUUUGACGUUUAACUGAUUAUCGAAGACUCAUAAUUUGCAGUCUACGAGGUGUGAAAGACAACGAAAUAUUAUUUCCUUCGGUGAAGCCCUACUGUGGACGGAUUCCAAGAUGACAGGCUCUACCCCCUCGGAAAUGAUGAACCUACGUCUCAUCCUGGUCAGUGGGAAGACGAAAGAGUUCCUGUUCUCCCCCAACGACUCGGCCGCAGACAUCGCCAAACACGUUUACGACAACUGGCCAAUGGACUGGGAGGAGGAACAGGUCAGCAGUCCUAACAUCCUGAGGCUCAUCUACCAGGGUCGUUUUCUACAUGGAAAUGUCACACUAGGAGCUCUCAAAUUACCCUUGGGAAAAUCCACAGUGAUGCAUUUAGUUGCCAGAGAGACAUUGCCCGAGCCAAACUCCCAAGGUCAGAGAAACAGAGAGAAGACUGGAGAGAGUAACUGCUGUGUCAUCCUGUAAAUACCCACCUCCCUCCCUCUUUAAUCAUCCACCCUGGAUCCAACCAACACACUGGAUGUCCUGCAGUCUCUCUAUCAUGCUGACACACACACACACACACACACACACGGUCUCCUGUGUAUAGAGAAGAUUCCCCCUCUAUCACUUCUGUCCUUAAAUCUUCCACUAGUUCAUGGAUGGAUUAACUACUGUUUUAUUACCCCACCAAGGUUCCAACCAAUGACUGACUAACAAACAAACCAACCAACCAACCAACCAACCAACCAACCAACCAACCAACCACCUUGUUGUUGUUUGGCCAUAAUAACAUGCUGUUGACUGUGUUUUGACAGUCAGUCCUUUCCUCCUUCUGUCAGAUCGCUCAUCCUUCCUGAACUAGGAGAAGCAAGACAGAAUGUCCCUCCUCCAUCUUCCCUUUUCUCCCUGAACGAGGGGACUAUGAACUAGGGGAAAGAAAGACAGAAUGUCCCUCCUCCAUCUUCCCUUUUCUCCCUGAACGAGGGGACUAGGAACUAGGGGAAAGACAGACAGAAUGUCCCUCCUCCAUCUUCCCUUUUCUCCCUGAACGAGGGGACUGGGAACUAGGGGAAAGACAGACAGAAUAUCCCUCCCUCUCUUUUCUACGACCAAAGCGUAGGGUGUCGAUCAAAAACGCCUCUUUUGAACCAUUGGGUAAAAUAAUAUGUUAAUUGUGUAGAUAAUCCUCUAAGAAAACCAAUACUCCAAUAUUCCAUGUCUCUAUCAUGAGCCGUUUAAAGGUUAUUGCACUUUUUUUUACCAUGGUAGGAUGGUCAGAAUUAGGGUGACUAAAUCAACAGAGGCCAGAGAAACAAAAGGGGCCAAAAAAAUCCUGAAAAUGUCACAACAUGGCGUCAGCUCGAUGCUGUCUGAGAAUGAAGGCUACCUGACAGACUCACUUUUCCCCUUGAACUCAUCUUUCUCUCUCAUCUGCAGGACAUAAAACAAUAUACAAUUCAGAUAGAUAUCUGUUUAGAGAUAUGACGUGUAGUAUUUUCAUAUUUUAGUGUAACGCUUUUCAUAUUCAUUCUAAAUUUCU